GAUAACCCAUAAAGGUAUGUUUCAUUAUCUUCUUCGUUCUCUUUCUUCUUCUUCAAGAAGCUGUUAAAGUUCACGGUAAUGGAGAAAUUGCGGAAGCUAACCGAUAAAAUCUCUUUUUACGGCCCAAAUCAAGUCAAGAAGAAAACUGGCGAGCAACUUCACCAGUUCUUACAGGAAUCAGGGGAAAAAUUUCUCCUUGAGGAUGGUCAAUUGAUCGGAAGUGUAAAUGAAUUGCUUGGAAAAGGAUACGCUGUUGUUGUCGAUGUUCCAUCCGAGGAGAGAGCUCAAUUUUCGACUUCUCCUUCUUUUCUUGACGAGGAAGCUCAAUUGAGCGGGACUGUAGGAUACACUGUUGUUGUCGAUGUUCCAUCCGAGGAGAGAGCUCAAUUUUCGACUUCUCCUUCUUUUCUUGACGAGGAAGCUCAAUUGAGCGGGACUGUAGGAUACACUGUUGUUGUCGAUGUUCCAUCCGAGGAGAGAGCUCAAUUUUCGACUUCUCCUUCUUUUCUUGAUGAGGAAGCUCAAUUGAGCGGGACUGUAGGAUACACCGUUUUUGAUGAUGUUCCAUCUAAGGAGAGAGUUAAAUUUUCGACUUCUCCUUCUUUUCUCGACGAGAGCGGGACUAUAAGUGAUCUGCUUGAGACUGAAGAAAAGAAAGGAGAUACUAUUGGUGUUGAGGUUCCAUCAGCCACUGAAGAAACUUCAGUUGUAUCAAGAAUAAAGAAAUUUCAUUUACACAGUCCUAGGAGGUUGGUAGUUUCACCUUUAAAGGCAUAUAAAGAAAACAAAAUUAUCAAAAGAAGAAAAGCAAAACGAUGGAGUGAAGUUGAAGAAAGUACUUUGAGGAAAGCUGUAGAAUUACACGGCACUGGAAAUUGGACAUUUAUCUUGAACUCUUACUCUCAUUCAUUUCCUGGGAGAAUUGCAGUAAGCCUAAUAACUUCUAGUUAUUGGUGUUUUCUUUUUCAAUUUAGACUUAAACACAUUUUUCACCCCUUAGCAUUCAAAAUUCAAAAUGUAGUGAAAAAAAAUUCAUUUUUAUUUUCUUGAUUAAACACUCCAUAUUAUAUUGUGAUUAAACACACCAUAUUGGAUCUGUAACAACAGAAAAAAUUAAUUCCAAUAACUUGAAAUUGAAUAAGGAAAUCGUAAGUCAUUAAGGAUAAAGGAAAAAAGGGAUGACAAUUCUCUAUGCUGUACAGAGUGAAAUGAAAAGGGAAGAAUGUAGAACCUAGAAAUUCCAUCAAUUGAUUUGUUGCGUUGUUUUAUUCAUUUUAAUUAACUGUCAUUUUUUAUUUUUUAAUUAAAAAAAUUCUGAGCUGGCAUCUUUGUGUGUUAAGUGGCAUGAAACAUAGGCUUCACUAAGUCAAAAUUGGGAUUUUGCAAGAGGGGCUAAACAUGAGGGAGGACUUUGGCUAUUUUUUUAAUAGGGUUUAAAUCGCUACAUUUUCAAAGUUUUGGGGUGAAAAGUGUGUUAAAGCUUUCAAUUCAUGGUUUUGAUAUCUCAAUUUUUUUCGAGGGUGAUCUGAAGGACAAGUGGAGGAACAUUUGCAUAAAAGACAAUAAGGCAACAAAAUGUUAAUAUGUUUACUUUUGUCAAAUAUAUAAUAUACUAAUUGUAUAGUAUAUGGAAUCAGUUCACAGCACAUUUGGAGUGUUCUUCUUAGAUUGGAUUUGAUUGGAGUGUUCAAACUUCAAACCAGGGCCGGACCCUGGGUAUGGGCCUCAAUUUUUUUUAUAGCCCAAUACCCCCCACUAAAAAAAAAAUACUCUUUCUCUGAUACAUACCAACGCGCGUUCCAUUCCUCUCACCAUCAGUGUUUCGUUUCUUCUUCUUCCUUCAUGGUUCAAACGCGACUGCCGAUUACUCAAACGUUUCCUCCGAUUGCAUCUCUCAACCAAUUCGAUUUCUGACCAUACCAUCAUCAUCAUCGACCAUCCUAUUGACGUUUUCCCCUUUUCAAAACAACACUGACACUAUUACUCUGUUAGGUAAAUAACCUCUCUUUCGUUGAUUUCUUUUACGUCCUUUCAUGGAAUUGGCUGAUUUUUGUUGAAUGUUAAAAUUGCUAAAUGCUGGAAUAGAGAUUGAUAUAGAUUAAUUUUAUGAGUUCUUCAAAUAGAGAUUAAUUUUACGAGUUUUUCAAAUUGCUAAAUUGGCUGAUUUAUGGUUUAAUUUUAUGAAUUUUGUGGGUGACAAGUUCAAAUAGAGAUUAACGUUUUCCCCUUUCCAAAACAACACUGACACUGUUCUGUUUCUAAUUUUAUAAGUUUUUGGUUAUUCUCUGUUUUAACAUGUAUAAUUGAUAAUGUUGCUAAUUACUAAUUAUAUCUUAAUUUUAUUUUAUGGUUCAACCUCAACAUUGUAUGUCUAAUAUGGUUCAACUUUGACAUUGCGGAAUUGCUCAAGAACAGUCAAGAAUUUUAGGUUUUAUACUUUUUCAAUCUUCCUCUAUGCCUCCUAAAUUGCCUCCUAAAUUUCCACCUAAGAUUAGAAAGUUUGAGUCUGGUGCUGAGAAGCGUAGGAAAAAGAAAAAAGAAGCUGAGUUAAUUGAAUCCCAAACAUGAGCUCUUGAUAAAUUUAUUGUAAAAGAAACACAAAUUCUUAUUGAUGAUAGUUCUAUUCCUAUUGAUGAUAAUGUUAUUCCUGUUGAUGAUAAUGUUGAUGCUAUUCCUAUCGAUGACAAUGUUGGUAUGAAUGUUGAUGUUGAAAAUUUGAAUGAUAAUGAAGAUGAUAAUCAAAAUGUUGAUGAUGUUAAUGACAUUCACAUUAGUGUAGAUAUAUUUGAUCCUAGAAAUUGGGAUUCUCUCGAGUCUAAAAUGAUUGAGUUGGUAGCUACAAAAGGCCCUAAAAGAGAUUUAAAAAUUGUGACGGGUCCUAGAGAUAAAUUUUCUAGACGCUUUAUGGCUAAUUUGUAUACUAGAACUUUAUCAAAUGGAGAGAAGUGUGAUAGAGAUUGACUUGUUUAUUCAAAAGAGUUUGAUAGAUUAUUUUGUUUUUGUUGUAAAGUUUUCAAAAGAGGGAUUGGUAGAAGUCAAGUAGCAAACGAGGGUUUUAGUGAUUGGUGUCAUAGUUGGUGAUAGACUUAAAGAGCAUGAGACAAGCUUGGAUCACAUUAAGAGCAUGACUACUUGGUAUGAGUUGCGUCAAAGGAUGAAUAGUUUUCAAACUAUUGAUAAAACAACUCAAAGAUUGAUUGAGCAAGAAAGGGAUCAUUGGAAAGGUGUUUUAAAAAGAAUUAUUGCAAUAGUGAAAUUUCUUGCUAAACAUAAUUUGGCCUUUUGUGGUUCUGUAGAAAAAUUAGAUGAAGAUAACAAUGGGAACUUUUUGGGCUUAAUUGAUAUGUUAAAUGAAUUUGAUCCAUGUGUCCAAGAACAUGUUAGACGUAUUACAGAUGAUAAUCUUCAGGAUAAAUAUCUUGGGCCUAAAAUCCAAAAUGAGUUAAUACUUUUGCUUGCUUCUAGAAUUAAAAAUCAAAUCAUUGAAAAAAUCAAGCAAGCAAAGUAUUUCUCAGUGAUACUUGAUUUUACUCCUGAUAUUAGUCACCAAGAACAAAUGUCUCUGAUAAUACGAUAUGUGAAUGUUUCUUCAAAUUUUGUUAGCAUUGAGGAGUCUUUUUUAGGAUUUUUGAAUGUGAAUGAUACAACUGAACAAGGGCUUUUUGAUGUUUUACAAGAUGAAUUGAAAAAUCUUGAUCUUGACAUCCUUGAUGUGCAAGGACAAGGUUAUGAUAAUGGGUCAAAUAUGAAAGGAAAACAUCAAGGUGUACAAAAGAGGUUUUUAGAUAUAAAUCCAAGAGCCUUUUAUAAUCCUUGUAGUUGUCAUAGUCUUAACUUGACAUUGUGUGAUAUGGCUAACUCAUGUGGUAAAGCUAAAGAUUUUUUUGGAGUUGUUCAACGCAUUUAUACUAUUUUUGCCAACUCUACUAAGAGAUGGAAAAUUUUGAAAGAUAAUUUAAAAGGGUUGACUCCAAAAUCAUUGUCAUCCACUCGUUGGGAGAGUCAUAUAGAAAGUGUCAAAGCUAUAAGAGCAGCAAUGUCAGAUUUUAUUGAAGCUUUACUUGAAGUGUUAGAAAAAGAUCUUGAUCCUAAAAUUAGAAGUGAAGCUAAAUCUUUAGCAACACAUGAACUUGGUGAUUUUGAGUUUAUAGUAUCUAUAAUUAUAUGGUUUGACAUAUUAUCAGCAAUUAAUUUGGUUAGCAAGCUCUUAACAGUCAGAUGAUAUGCUUAUUGAUGUUGCUAUGUCAAAAAUAAAAGAGUUGAUUUCUUUUUUUAAGAAAUAUAGAGAAAGUGGUUUUAAGAAGGCCUUGGAUGAUGCUACAGAAGUUGCUAUUGAAUUGAAUAUUGACCCAGUAUUUCUUCGAAGGCGCAUAAUUCGAAGAAAAAGGCAGUUUGAUGAGGAUUUGAAUACCCCGUCGGUUGAGCAAUCUGAAGAAGAAUCUUUUAGGGUUCAUUACUUUCUUUGCCUUGUUGAUCAAGUUGUUGUAUCUCUUAAUAAGAGAUUUGAACAAUUCAAACAAUAUGAAGCUAUUUUUGAUUUUUUGUUGACUUUUGACAAGUUUAAAUCAUUGGAUAAUGCGACUUUGGAGUCUUGUUGUAGUAAUUUUGAGCAGGCAUUGAAACAUAAUGAGAAUUCUUAUAUUGAUGGGAGAGAACUAUAUAUGGAGUUAAGGUCACUAAGGGA